CCACGAACACCCACCCCCAGCACUCAUGUCGAGAUCCUUUACCGGCUGCACAAGAUGUAAAGCGCGGCGCCAGAAAUGUGACGAGCAAAGACCCAUAUGUGGGCGCUGCCAGUCCGCUGGCGUCCAAUGCAAGUACGCCAUGCAGCUGCAGUGGGGAGGACGUGCGUUUUCGAGAUCGCGAUUCGGGGCCUGCGUGGACACAGGAAACAUGCAGAGACUGGAGUACUCACCUGGGGAGUUCAUCUAUACCACCAAGUCGGCGCAGGCGCAAGCACAAGCACAAGCGCAAGCACAGGCUCAAGCUCAGGCUGCCUCAGAAUUGACCUUAAUCAAGCCCGUCGAUCCCUUUUCCUCCCUCUCGCCCGACCAAAAAGCCCUUUUACACCAUUUCAUCAACGAUGCGUCCCAAAUCACCGCGAGCCACUCGGGCAUGCAGCAAGACAUCUGUCGGAUGAUUGUGCCCAUGGCCCUUCAGACCCCAUCCUUACUCUACGCCACCACCGCAUUGUCCGCAAUACACAUCCAAGCCCUUCAGAACCAGUCCGAAAGCGUCAAAUCGGCGCCAGACAUAGCCCGUCUGAUGGCGCUCAGCCUGGAACACUUCCGGAAAGAGUUACAGAAUCCAUCGUCCAAGGACUCGGAGGCGCUGGUAGCGACAGCCCGAACUCUCUGUUUGGCAGAGAUUCAUUCCGGCGCAAUCAAUCCUAAUUCAUGGCGAGCCCAUAUUGAGGGUGCAAGGGCAUUGAUGAAGACAUUGGGGACGACGGGAGAAAAUUCGCUUCGAACGGAGAGCGGUUUCCGCCGAUACUUGGACCGUUGGUACUGGUCAAUCGUGUCGCUGACAGCGUUGACAGGGAAUGGUCCGCCCAUCGGGGAUACCUCGGACUUUGCGCCUUCAGAUUUGGCAGGGCAAAGAGAGUCGCCAGACUAUCUGGAUGACUAUUGGGGGUUCACAGUCGACCUGGCAGCUGUUUUCAGACAGAUUGGAGCUGCUGCCUGGAGAACCCACCAAGCUGAGAAGGAAUUCCAGAGCCAAGGCUUUGUCGCGGGUGAGAUUGAUGGUAAUGCCGAAGAUGAAGCUGCUGCGUUGGAGUCCUCAAUACGAGAACUUAUGGAUCGAGGCGCGACUUCGCUACCCUCGUUUUACCCUGGAGUGGCAGAAGGGCUGUCCGCAGAGAGUGUACAGCACCUCGCUCUCUGUAACGAGGCAUUCCAACACAGCGCUUUGAUCCAGAUUCAUAAACGACUUCGAAAGACACCGACCACGUCAGUCCUCGUGCAGCAGUCAGUGCAUCGAAUUUUGGAGUGUACUGCUCAGAUUGGACCAUCGGCUGGUCUGAGCCCGUGGGUAAUGUUGACGACUCCCUUAUUUAUUGCGGGCUGUGAGGCACGCGGGGAAGAUCGCGAUACGGUGCGGCAGCUGUUGGCAUCAUUACAUGAUACUAUUCGGGUGCCGAAUGUGUUGCAAUCUUUGAAGUUCCUCGAACAGUAUUGGGCGAAUCAGCUCGGCGAGGACGAGGAUUGGAGUCAUUUCUUGGAUCGGAUGAGAAUUGACUUCAUCCCUUACUAAGGCAUGGGAGUCCUUGGCAAUAUGCAUCAUGUGCUACGAUUGACGUUCCCAGACUGAUGUCUGGAUAUUUUGACCUAUUUAUUUCCGUUUGAUAUCAGCCAGCCACAGGCGCAAUGGCGGCAGGAGGACCCUUUGGAGUACAUAUUUUGCUUGGCUUUAGCGUUUGGAUUUCGUGACAUUAUGAUGAUUCUCUUGUUAUUUACAUG